ACUGAAAAUAAAAUUGCAAAAAAGCUUAAAAAUUAGAUUCUUCAAAUAAGCUGAAAAUAAAAUUGCUGAAAAAAAUAGUAUGGCACCGAAGCGUAAGAAUGAAUCAGAGGAAAGUCGAACCAAACGCCUUAAAUAUCAAAGGGAAUAUAAUGCAAACCGACGUGCUAAAGAAACAGACGAUGAACAUUCCCGCCGAUUAGAAACCCAGCGUAGACAAGAGGUCAAUGCGGGGCAAAUGAAACACUUAAUGCGCAUUCCAAACGUGCCGAAAAACGACGUGAAAAUGAAUGUAAGGCACGGGAGAAUGCAACCCCUGAAGCACGUUCCACCCAUUUAGAAGGCCGACGUGAAAAGCAUCGAAAUGUACGAAGAAAUGAAACAGAGGUUGAAAGGAUCCAUCGACUAAAAAAUACUGCUGCCAAAAAAUGCCCAGCAUCACGCGUAGGCAGAACUGGUGAAAAUACUAAACAAAUUCAAGUACACUGCUGUGGGAAUAUGAACCAGAAAUGUCUGACAUGUAAUGCACUCCAUUUUAAACUGGAAUGUACAAAGGAAGGAAAGGGAACAUACUCCCAUUGUUUUCAUAAUGGAAAAGCUAAUCUAAGCUAUCAACCUAUCCAAAUUAUAUGGGCACUUUAAUGACUGGCCAAACAACUGCAGCAAAAUCAUUCCGUGAUAAUAUUCGUUCAUACAAUAGUGCGCUCUCAUUUGCAUCAAUGGGUGCUAGAAUAGAAGUUCCAGAGGGCCACGGUCCGUACGUCUAUAAAAUUCAUGGUACCAUCCAUCACCUGACUUCAAAUAUGCACCCUGAAAACGGCAGGAGAUCAUUUCCGCAAAUGUACGUAUUAGAUUCCUCAAUAGCAGCUGAAGAGCGGAUGCAAAUUUCUGCUAAUAGAAAUUGCUCUGCUUUAGUUAUGAAAAACUUAGAUGAAGAGAUUCGACAAAUAAACCCGUUUGCAGGUGCAUUUAAAAUGAUGAACGAGUAUGAGGAUCAAAUUAAGCACACAUACGGUUCAGAAGCUGCUUGUUCUGUCCGAAUGUAUAUUCAAGAUACAAAACCAAAUGCUGAACAACACUCUGCGAGAUAUAACGCGCCAAGGGCCAAUGAAAUUGCUAUUGUUUUUGCGAGUAGCGAUGGCGCUCCACCAAGUAAUAGGGAUAUAUGCAUUCACCCGAAAGGAAAAUCCCUAAUCAAUAUCCACCAAUUGAAUCCAAAUUGCGAUCCUAUGUCAUACGUAUUGCUAUUUCCUCACGGUGACAAAGGGUGGACUACUACUGACAGGACGAAAUAUUCACAGCUUCAAUUUUACAGUUUUCGACUCUCCGUGAGGGAAGAGUUUAGCCCUAUAUUCUAUGCAGGGAAACUCCUACAGCAGUACAUUGUUGAUGCUUAUGUGAAAGUGGAAAGUAGUCGGCUUGACUACCUUCGUAACAAUCAGAAAGACCUGCGGGUUGAAUCAUAUUUAGGACUUAUGGAUCAUGUACACUCUUUAGCUGCAGAAGCUGGAGUUCAGGCAGGAGUGCCCGUAAUAUUACCAUCAACCUUUAUAGGGAGCCCAAGGGCAAUGCAACAAAAUUUUCAAGAUGCCAUGACAAUUGUUAGAGAAUACGGAAAACCAUCAUUAUUUAUUACAUUUACUUGCAAUCCGAAGUGGCCAGAAAUAAAAUCCAAUCUACUUCCGGGACAGCACGGAAAUAAUAGGCCGGAUAUUGUUGCAAGAGUAUUCGAUAGAAAGAAAAAAAAUUAUUGCUGAAAGAAAUUACAAAAGAUGGAAUCUUUGGCCGAGUAGAUGCGUAUAUUUAUGUAAUAGAAUUCCAAAAACGCGGUCUUCCUCACAUGCACUUGCUGGUGCAUUUGGCAGAUGAAGAUCAAAUCAGACAAAUUGAAGAUAUUGAUAAAAUAGUUUGUGCUGAACUACCUGACCCCGUUGUUGAUCCCGCCCUAUAUAAAACUGUUAAGUCAUCAAUGGUGCAUGGCCCGUGCGGGGAAAUAAACCCUUAUAGCCCCUGCAUGGAGGACCGGGAAUGCACAAAAGGCUACCCAAAAAAAUUUAAAUUGGAAACAAAAAAGAAUGUUGAUGGUUAUCCAAUUUAUCGUCGGCGGAACAAUGGCAAUAGUUUUGAAACUAGAGGGAUUGAAGUUGACAAUCGGUGGAUUGUUCCUUACAAUCCUUACUUGACAAAGCGAUACGACGCUCAUAUAAACGUUGAAAUAUGCAGCUCGAUCAAGUCAAUCAAAUAUCUAUUUAAAUAUGUAUACAAAGGUCAUGAUUGCGCUAAUGUGGAACUGAAACAAGAUGAGCCAAACGUCUUGCAUUGGGACGAAAUAACCACUUUCCUUGACGCAAGAUACGUUUCGGUACCUGAGGCGAUGUGGCGUCUAUUAGAAAAGCGAAUGCAUGAGAAAUCGCACACAGUUUUUCGAUUAGCAGUGCAUUUGGAAAACUUGCAGCCUGUAUAUUUCCUUAAAAAUGUGGAACAGGUUGCUCUGGACAAAGCUAGAACCAAAAAGAGUCAUUUACUUGCGUGGCUUGAGCUAAAUAAAGCAAGUUCUACUGCACACGGGGUACUAUAUCCUGAUAUUCCUAAAGCAUACACAUUUUCCCAAAAUGCAUGGAAAGCAAGAUGCCAAGUCUCGAAAGGCGAACGUGUUAUCAGUAGAAUGUAUUCAGUGAGCCCUAAAGACAUUGAAAGAUUUCAUUUAAGAAUGCUUCUUAACCAUGUACCUGGAGCAUGCUCAUUUGAAGAUUUGCGCACGUUUGAUGGGGUAAUUUAUGAAACGUUCAAAGAAGCGUGUCGAGCAAGGCAAUUGCUUCGCGGAUGAUUUGGAAUGGCACAACUCACUGACGGAGGCAUGCAUUUCUCAGAUGCCCAAGCAACUAAGGCAAUUGUUUGUGUUUAUUUGUGUUUUCUGUGGACCUUCAGAGCCAUUAAACAUUUGGAAUACAUUUCAGCAACACUUUAUCGUAGACUAUCUGCAGGAGUUUGAUAUUGACGAGAACACAUCCCGAGCGCUAAUUGAUGUUCAGAAAAUGGUUCUUUCUUUGUCAUAUUUCGAAUGCUAUCUGCCAUUCAUUAUCAAGACAUUGAUAGAAAAUUUGUCACGAAGGUUGUCUGAAAAAAUUAGUGGUUAAUCUUGCAGAAUCAGAAUUGUUGUCAUUUUGUGGCGUUGGAUACUGAGGUCAAGUUUUGAGUGAUAAAAAAUACGUAUUUCAUUUUAUUUGUGUCAUGUACAAGUUUAACAUGAUGAAAUGUAAUAACAUAUUAUUACAUUUCAUUCUUUAAUAUUUUUAGGAGUGGUCUCAUUCUGUACAAUUUGUGGGGAACAGACUGAAGCCCCCAUGUCCACUCAGCAGAGGAUCGCAGCCCGCGAGUGGGCCGCUAUCAUACAGGCCCGCGGAGGGUUUGUGCGCCCUAGAGCUGGCCGUGCCUCCUCAAUUCGGCAGCCUGCCGCGGCUGCCGCAGCGGGACCGACUACCCCUCGGGGCCGUCAAACACUCCGCCCGCGCCAUCCUCGCCACCAGCAGGUCAACAACCCGUCGACGGUGCCCUUCCAAUGGAUGAGGACGAGAUUCUACGAGAUGAUUCGGCCGACAUUUGACUGUUACAUUCAUUACUCCACAUACAUAAUCAUCAGAGUCUCCGUCAAUUUCACAAUUUGAAUUAUUUUCUAUGACCCAAAGUUAAAAGAUAACGACAGAAUUAUUAAUUUUGCAUGUCAAUUUAUA